UGUUUUUUAAACUUGGGGGUGUGGUCGCGGAGCCGCCUCUCUCGGCCAGUGGCCCGUUCCCGACCCAGCCGGCCCUUCCCUCCGCUCCGCCUUCCAGAUGCUGGGGAGUCAUGAGCCGGGCGGGCGCGGGGCCGCGGCUGCGGGCGGAGGUGAUCAAAGAUCGCCUUUGUUUUGCCAUUCUCUACAGCAGACCAAAGAGUGCAUCAAAUGAACAUUAUUUCAGCAUAGAUAAUGAACUUGAAUAUGAGAACUUUUAUGCAGAUUUUGGACCACUCAAUCUGGCAAUGGUUUACAGAUAUUGUUGCAAGAUAAAUAAGAAAUUAAAGUCCAUUACAAUGCUAAGGAAGAAAAUUAUUCAUUUUACUGGCUCAGAUGAGAGAAAACAAGCAAAUGCUGCUUUCCUUGUUGGAUGUUAUAUGGUUAUAUAUUUGGGGAGAACUCCGGAAGAAGCAUACAGAAUAUUAAUCUUUGGAGAUACGUCGUAUAUCCCUUUCAGAGACGCUGCCUAUGGAAGCUGCAAUUACUACAUCACACUGCUUGACUGUUUCCAUGCAGUGAAGAAGGCAAUGCAGUAUGGCUUCCUUGAUUUCAACACAUUUAACCUUGAUGAAUAUGAGCACUAUGAAAAAGCAGAAAAUGGAGACUUUAAUUGGAUAAUACCAGACCGAUUUAUUGCCUUCUGUGGACCUCACGCAAGAUCCAGGCUUGAAAGUGGUUACCACCAACAUUCUCCUGAGACUUACAUUCCCUAUUUCAAGAAUCACAAUGUCACUACCAUUAUUCGCCUGAAUAAAAAGAUGUACGAUGCUAAGCGCUUUACGGAUGCCGGGUUUGAUCACCAUGACCUUUUCUUUGCGGACGGCAGCACCCCUACCGACACCAUUGUCAAAGAAUUUCUGGAUAUUUGUGAAAAUGCCGAGGGCGCCAUUGCAGUUCAUUGUAAAGCCGGCCUCGGUCGAACAGGCACUCUCAUAGCCUGCUACAUCAUGAAGCAUUACAGGAUGACAGCAGCCGAGACCAUUGCGUGGGUCCGAAUCUGUAGACCCGGCUCGGUGAUUGGGCCUCAGCAGCAGUUUCUGGUGAUGAAACAAGCAAGCCUGUGGCUGGAAGGGGACUAUUUCCGACAAAAGUUACGGGGGCAGGAGAACGGACAACACAGAACAUCGCUCUCCAGACUCCUUUCUGGUGUCGAUGACAUUUCAAUAAACGGGGUCGAGAACCGAGACAAGCAGGAAGCAGAACCGUACAGUGAUGACGACGAAAUGAAUGGCGUGACACAAGGUGAUAGACUUCGGGUUCUGAAAAGCAGAAGACAAUCAAAAGCAAAGGCUGUCCCCCUCACAUGUCCCCUAGCUGUGCUGACCUCUGCACUGUGUAGUGUUGUCAUCUGGUGGAUUGUGUGUGACUACAUUCUUCCCGUCCUGCUGUUCUGUCUCGAUGGUUUCAGAACACAGUAGCCUUGAGGACCCCUUGCAGAGAGCUGCUGUUCCCUCCGUUUCAAGGACUAAAGCAGUCCUGCGUUAAGUCAACCCUGUGGCCCGAAUGGAAGGAAGAGUCCGGGCACCGCAGGCUGCGACCAGACGUAGCACAAUUUACACGCGAACAAAACGCAGAAUUGCAACAGCCUUAGUGGCUUUCCACCUAAGAAGUCGAUUUCAGUGAAGACACCGUGCACUGGAGUUGGAUCCAUAACUCCCCCAUGUUGGGGUGCGAGCGGACGCCUUGAAAAAGGGCCCAGCUCUGUAGAGCAGGCUCACGUUGAACCCCAGAAAAGCUGUCGUAAAUGCAGUCUCAGGUGUGAAUCCCCAGGCCCUCUGUUGUGCAGGGAGCUGCCCCGCCGGUGAGGUGUAGGUGCGUGCUGGCCGGAGGCUGCCGUGCAGGUUCCUGGUGUAUUUAUUUUCUGUUCACCCCGUGACCCCGUGUCCACAUUCCUGAAGACGAAACGGUACUUCCUGUCGUGGGACACGAUUCAGUUUGCGCGUCCUCACCUUACUCUCGGUUAAUACUGUUGGGGUGGUUACUCUGUGAAGUACCCACGCUGCUUGUCUCCCACCAAAGAGUGCUUUAUUAACGCGUCUGUGGAAACCAGAUGUGCACCCGGGACGCGCGUCGCACAGAGCAGUCCUCCGCCAGCCUGCAGCGCGCAGACUCGGAGGCGAAGCCGGCUCCGGCUGGAAGAUGAUGGCAAGCCAUUUCUUUUUAUGUCACGCAGGGACUGACGGAGCACAAGGCUACCCAUUCUUUGGUUGCCCUUCAAAUCAUGUUUCCUUCCGUGCAUAAAAAAGAAAAGCACCCACGCUCUUGGGUUCCCCGCUUGGAAAGAGUAGUGGCUUUCAAAACAAAACAGAAAAUAAGACGUUGAUGCCUUUGAAAAUUUAGUCUUUCUCUGUGACAGCGUGGAAUGUUUUCUCCUGGGAGCUGCCCGAGGCCGCCCGCACACCCUCUGUGGUGAGAGAACUCACUGUUGCCUUGGGUUCGGGAAUCCGCCGGGAACUCCAAGCAGAGUGCCUUCUGCCCUCAGCCCGACACGCAGCAGGGCUGUGACGUCAAGCAAUCGCACAACUCCAGUUUAUUUGCUGCUAAAAAAAAAAAAAAAAAAAAAAAAAACGGGGUCCCUACCACAGGGAUGUUCUGCAGUCGUCUUGGUUGCUGCUGAACUCCUGCCUGCCGUGGUCUGGAGCGUGAGGGAUGCACUAUUGAAAGGCAGCGGGGAGGCAAAAGACCAGAUGAAUGUCCAGGCCGAACAAGGCCAUUCCGUUUAUAAAGCUGCCUUUGCCACAAAGCUAUUAGGAGUAAGAAGUGGUUGGGAUGAGCAGGUUAGUGUCUUCGAACACAGCCGGUCAUGGCCAGGCGGUGGCUACGUCUCGGCGCUGCUCCCAUGGGUAGCAGGCAGCGUUCCUGGACGAGGCCAGCGUCUUAGCCUGGCAGGUGCCCUUUCCCCACUGCUGGCCCUCAGGUCACAGAACAGCGAUGGUUCUGUGUCCUUGGAAACCAGCAGGUCUAAGGUUUGGGUGGGAGGAGGAACCUCCCACUCGCUGUGUUGUGCCAAGAGGUGAUGCCAAGUAUCCAGACUGUUCCAAGCAUGAAACAUGGAAUUCUCAGGGCACCUUUCUUCCCUUACUCCUGUCAGGGCUGUCCCCUCCUCACGUGACCCAGGGAGUGAGGAAGGCCCAGCUCCCCCAUCCCCCACCCACCCCCGUAAUCCUUCUGGAUUUGGCUUUGUAUCCCUUAGAACCAGGCCACAGGCUACUCGGGCUUGGCCGAGAGUGGGACGUUGGGGCUUCGCUGUUUACCGUGUCACUUUUGUAUUGCAUAGUUGCCUUCUUGUGUUCCCAGCUAGCACCGCCGUCACUGUGCCCUGCUAGGAAGCCCUUGUAGUGGCUUUGCUUGCUGGAGACUGGGGAGGCAGUCGGGAAGCCUUCCCGGGAGCGCGGGGUGGCUGAUCGUACAGCAGCGGCCACGCUUUCAUUAGGGCCGUGGUUGGAGUCCAGGGAGGCUCUGAAUCUGAGCUGUGGAAGGGUCUUCCUGCCACAAGAAAGAGCAGACCCUCCCUCGCCCAGGGGAAACCCUGGAACACCCGCAGCUUCUGAGAUUCUCAUGUGGAGUCAUCGCGCCUGUCAGACCCACAGGUGCCCCCGACCCUUUGCAGUGGAUUAAAUCAGCAAUGUGCCCUUGAAGCUCUGGGAGACUCAAGUUCUCAGAGCCAGGGACGGCCCAGGGGACAGGUGUCUGCAAAGCUGGACUCCCAGGUCUCUGUCAUGCAGUGCCCAUGGCCCGCGGGCCCUUCCCACGAAGCUGUCCGAGGAGGGUCCAGCAGGGAGCUCCCCGGUGCAGUGUGGCUGGUCCCCAGCUCCCCAGAAGGCUUCAGCCUCCUCCCCUGCCUGUCCACCCCCUCCCUGGGGGAUUUCUACCUCUUUGGGCCCUAUCAAGCGUGAGAGGAGUCCCCAGCAUCUCCGGGACUCCUGGCACCUUCCCUUCGUCCACACCACCCGUCUUGACAAAUGGGCGAUGCACUGUGUCGCUGUGUAUUCCAGAAAUAUCACCACCGCUUGUUCUCAUACAUUUUUAAAGAAACCACGAUUGCGCUUUGGAAAGCAGUGGCGCAUCGCGAACGACUUUGAACCGCUUUGCCCCUUCCUUGUUGUGUCCCGCUGAAGCCGUCCGGGGGGGGGGGGGUGCUGCUGCUCGCCCGUUGCUCCCGAUGCCCCGCCUGCCUCUCUGCAGAAGCACUGCGGAGUGCCCCGUUAGCCUAGACUGUGCAGGAAGUUACCUCCUCACUUACCCAGUCAAGUUCACUGUCAGCAGACACGGUCCUCUGACAAGAGUACUGCGGUUUUAGAUCAUUUGCAUACUUUUAUCUAAUGUGCACUCGUGUACAGAUAUUAAAAGUUUUAAGAUGUAACUGAGUAAUCAGUAUUUGAUCGUCUUGAUUUUUUUUUUUAUCAAAAUGUAUAUUUCUAAUGCUAUUUUUUAAAGCUGAGAGAACUGGCUGGGUGGAUGUUUUAUUUUCCUGAAGGUGUUUUUAAGAUAAAGCUUCACAAUGGCUGUAAUCUCUGCAGAUACAUGUAGUUUGAUAUAUAUUGUUGCAUUUGGAAAUCUUGCGUAUUGUUACCCAGUUUUAUAUAAAAUGUUGAAUAGUGGGAAUUGUAUAAUUACAACCGUGUUAUUAAAAGGAUUAA